CUUUCUCUCACUCUCUAAACCAUCACUCUAAGCAAAUCCAUUAGCUCUAAAACAUGGAGUCCCUAACCCACAUUUUUGCUAAUCAUCUUUUAGCUUCCUUCUUAGGCCUUCUAUUAGUCAUUGCUUCUGCAUUGUCCUCAGCCAAUGCAACACCAAUGACUCACAACCAUGAGUUUGUUAUUCAAGCAACGUCAGUGAAGAGGCUGUGCAAGACUCAAAAUGUCAUCACUGUUAAUGGGAUGUUUCCUGGACCAACACUAGAAGUGAACAAUGGAGACACUCUAGUUGUUACUGUUACCAACAGAGCUCAGUACAACGUUACCAUCCACUGGCAUGGUAUCAGGCAAAUGAGGACUGGAUGGGCAGAUGGACCAGAAUUUGUAACACAGUGUCCAAUUAGGCCAGGAGGGACAUACACAUACAGGUUUACUAUUCAAGGACAAGAAGGAACACUUUGGUGGCACGCUCAUAGCUCAUGGCUGAGAGCCACUGUUUAUGGAGCUUUAAUCAUUCAUCCAAAAGAAGGAUCUUCAUAUCCAUUCCCUAAGCCAAAGCGUGAAACACCAAUUAUUCUUGGUGAAUGGUGGAAUGCAAAUCCCAUUGAUGUUCUGAGGGAAGCAACAAGAACAGGAGGGGCACCAAAUGUUUCUGAUGCGUACACCAUUAAUGGUCAACCUGGUGAUCUUUACAACUGUUCUAGCCAAGAUACUGUGAUUGUUCCAAUAGAUUCCGGCGAGACAAACCUUCUCCGAGUCAUCAAUGCUGCAAUGAACCAACCACUUUUCUUUACUGUAGCUAACCACAGGCUCACAGUUGUUGGUGCUGAUGCUUCCUACACAAAACCCUUCACCACCAGUGUCCUAAUGCUAGGACCUGGACAGACCACAGAUGUUUUGAUCUCCGGCGACCAGAAACCUGCCCGGUACUAUAUGGCAGCACGCGCAUACCAAAGCGCCCAAAAUGCCCAGUUUGACAACACUACUACUACUGCCAUUCUUGAGUACAAAUCUGCACCUUGUGCUGCCAAAUACUGCUCAUCAAACAAACCAAUUAUGCCACCAUUACCAGCAUAUAAUGACACAGCAACUGUCACUGCUUUUAGUACCAGCUUCAGGAGUCGUAACAAAGUCUUAGUCCCAACAGAAGUUGAUGAAAAUCUAUUCUUUACAGUUGGUUUAGGACUCAACACUUGCCCCCCAAAUUUUAACAAGUCUAGCCAAUGUCAAGGGCCUAAUGGAACAAGAUUCGCAGCAAGCAUGAACAAUGUGUCAUUUCAACUCCCAUCAAAUUUUUCCAUCUUACAAGCUCAUCAGUUAGGAAUUCCAAGAGUAUUUACAACUGAUUUCCCUGCCAGCCCACCAUUAAAAUUCGACUACACAGGUAAUGUCAGCCGAUCAUUAUGGCAAGCUGUUGCUGGUACCAAGGUUUAUAAACUGAAGUACGGAUCAAGAGUGCAGAUUGUGCUACAAGAUACAAGUAUUGUCACAUCUGAAAACCACCCAAUUCACCUUCACGGAUAUGAUUUCUAUAUCAUUGCUGAAGGCUUUGGAAACUUUAAUCCACAGACUGAUACUUCUAAAUUUAACCUUGUUGAUCCACCUCUGAGAAACACAGUUGGAGUACCCGUUAAUGGAUGGGCAGUCAUUAGAUUCGUCGCGGAUAACCCAGGUGUCUGGUUAAUGCACUGUCACUUGGAUGUUCAUAUUACAUGGGGCUUGGCCAUGGCUUUCUUGGUAGAGAAUGGAGUUGGUGUAUUACAAUCUAUAGAAGCUCCACCAGAAGAUCUGCCUCCAUGCUAAGAUCAAUGAUCAAAAGAAUUCUAUCCAUUAAUAAUAGAAUUAAUCAUCCCAACAAUAACAAAGAGCUAUUUUUUCUCUCUGAUUGUUGUAAUCUUAGUAUAAGUGAGUUCAGCAUGUUUUCCCUGCAUUUGGGGGCUAGUUCUUGCUAUUUUUCUUCUUUUAUUUCUGAUAGAUAAAAGGUGGGUUCUAAUAGUUUAGGUGUUGAUUUAGAUAUAAACCUGCAGCCACCUUUCUUGCAUUAUAGUGAUGUAAUUUCAUUUUCUAUAGCUAUUAUUAAACAAGAAUUUUCAGUUAU